UCAAGCUUGUAAAUAAACUCACAGCUCAACCCACAGACCAGAAUUCAGAGCUCUUAUCCCAGAACAGCUGGGCCUUGGAGGUGUUUGCUCAUGACCUUUUCUCUUACCACACCCUGGGGCUCUUGGGAGGAGCUAAGAGCUGAGCAGCAGUGCCAGGAUGCUGCCUGUGUUCAUGCCCAGGUUCAGCUGCCUCCUGCGUCCUGUCACGUUCUUCUUGCUCAACCACGGGGUGCACAGGAUGGAAACUCCUCUCCCCUCUUUGGAGAACAGCGUGGAAUUUGGCUUCAUAGAAUUGUGGCUGGAGACGGAAGCAGUGGUGUCUUCCUUAGACUUUCUGUAGCCAGUCUGUGUUGGGGGAAAGGAGAAUACUCCAUGCUCCAAAGGCACAGGAAGAUGGAAGGACCAGGGGUAGGACGCAUGUUCUGGAACCAGCCUCUUCGACUCCGACACCGACUCCGAUUCCGAUUCCGAGCAGGACCUUCCCAAGACGAUCCAGGGGAAGCUGUAAAGGAACCAGAAAGGACCCAGGAGCACACUCUUCCCAGCUUUGCUGGGGGGCAGCAUUUCUUUGAAUACCUUCUGGUGGUUUCUCUCAAAAAGAAGCGUUCAGGGGAUGACUAUGAGCCCACCAUCACCUACCAGUUCCCCAAGAGGGAGAACCUGCUUCGGGGCCAACAGGAGGAAGAGGAGCGGUUGCUCAAUGCCAUUCCCUUGUUUUGCUUCCCAGAUGGGAAUGAGUGGUCAUCUCUCACUGAGUAUCCCAGGGAGACUUUCUCCUUUGUCCUGACCAAUGUGGAUGGAAGCAGGAAGAUUGGAUACUGCAGGCGCUUAUUGCCUGCUGGCCCUGGCCCUCGCCUUCCCAAAGUAUACUGCAUCAUCAGCUGCAUUGGCUGCUUCGGCUUGUUCUCUAAGAUCCUGGAUGAAGUGGAGAAGAGGCAUCAGAUUUCCAUGGCUGUCAUCUACCCAUUCAUGCAGGGCCUCCGAGAGGCAGCCUUCCCUGCUCCUGGAAAGACUGUCACCCUUAAGAGCUUCAUCCCUGACUCAGGCACAGAGUUCAUUUCUCUGACACGGCCCUUGGACUCCCACCUUGAACAUGUGGAUUUUAGUUCUCUGUUGCACUGUCUCAGCUUUGAACAGAUUAUUCAGAUCUUUGCCUCUGCAGUGCUGGAAAGAAAAAUCAUCUUCCUGGCAGAAGGUCUCAGCACCCUGUCUCAAUGCAUCCAUGCUGCUGCUGCACUGCUCUAUCCCUUCAGCUGGGCACACACCUACAUUCCUGUUGUCCCUGAGAGCCUUCUUGCCACCGUCUGCUGCCCCACUCCCUUCAUGGUUGGAGUACAAAUGCGUUUUCAGCAGGAAGUUAUGGACAGCCCAAUGGAAGAGGUCCUGUUGGUGAAUCUUUGUGAAGGAACAUUCUCAUUGUCGGUUGGUGAUGAAAAAGACAUUCUACCACCGAAGCUACAAGAUGACAUCUUAGACUCUCUUGGUCGGGGGAUCAAGGAGUUAAAGACUUUGGAAGAAAUCAAUGAGCAUGUUUCAGGUCCUUUUGUGCAGUUCUUUGUCAAAACUGUGGGCCACUAUGCUUCCUAUAUCAAGCGGGACACAAAUGGGCAAGGCCAUUUCCAAGAAAGGUCCUUCUAUAAGGCUCUGACCUCCAAGACCAACCGGAGAUUUGUGAAGAAGUUUGUGAAGACACAGCUCUUCUCCAUUUUCAUCCAGGAAGCUGAGAAGAGCAAGAAUCCUCCUGCAGGGUAUUUUCAACAGAAAAUACUUGAAUAUGAGGAACAGAAGAAACAGAAGAAAACAAGGGAAAAGGCUGUGGUGAACAGGAGAGACUAGACCUAUAGGCCAGUUCUGGACUUUGGCCCCUGCCAAUGUGGUAGGACAGGGAAAGCUCUCAGCCUCCAAAAUUCACAGCCUCCUUUGGAGUCCUGAGUCCCAGUGACUACGUCUUGCUUCAAACUGGUAUCUAAGUUUGGGAUCCUUGGAAUCAACUUCCCCAGGACUUUCGAGGGCUUUGAGCCCAAGCUCAAAGAAAUGAACUCCAAAUGCAUUUUGUUUUUUGGCAGAGGAAAAGAGCAGGAAAUAGUAGUACUGGUGUUAUCGGUGCUUGGUUGGAAGGUACUAUAACUACCGUCUCCUGGGAACCACUGUUAGAAAUACUCAACAGAGAAAGCCCAAAAGUUUUGUUCCUUCAAAGAAAGGUUUAUGGACAUGUGAGGAUGAGAAUAAAACUGUUUAUGUGGGGCAAUACAUGCGAGAAUAAACUGGACUAGAAGUGGGCUGUGUCUGGAGUCACAGAAUCACAUGGGUCAGCAGCUCUACUUCUUUUUUUUUUUUCUUUUUGUGGUACUGGGGAUUAAAUCCAGCACCUCUGCAUUGAGUUUUAUCUUUAGUCUUGUUUUGAGACAGAGUCUCACUAGGUCACAAAGUUGUGACCCUACUGCAUCAGCCUCUCAGAAUGCUGAGACUACCCAUGGCAGCCACUAUGUCAGGGUGGCAGCACUUCUGAGAGGAAGGAGGAGAGAUCCUGGUAAAGGCAGCAGCAGCAGCACCAGAGUCUUUGAUUCUCAAGAAGUCUGCUUCCUUGAGACCUGGGAGGAGAGGCUGCUAGUUGGACUGAGGCAGCUGCAGUCUAGGAUAAUGUGAUGGGAAGAAGCUCAGUCAACACUAGUACAGAUAUUACAUGGUUUUUGUAAACAGGCUGCCUGCCGAUCAUGCCCAGUUUGGACCUUACUUUGUCGUUAUCUUCCACAGCCUGCCUCUAACUGCUUGUUAUUUUGAGAAGACUAGUUACGUUUUUUUUUUAAGCUAAGGGGAAGGGAUCCCUUCCUUGACACAUUUUGUUUUUGGAAAAAACAAAAAACAGAAUAAUAAUUUUAAGAGUCCAAAAGGAUUUUUUUGUGGUCACCUAGUCCCUCCUACCUCUAAGCCUCCACUGUCAGUUUCUGUUUAAACAUUACAAAACACAGGACACAUUUUUUAGAAGCAUCUUCUCUUCUAAAAAUGCUACCUUUAUAGGCUGGGACUUAGCUCAGUGGGGCCACCACCUGCCUCACAAGCGUAAGGUCCCAAGUUCAAUUGGUACCCCCCCACCCCAAAAGCUACCUUUAAAAAUGUGUUUGAGUGUGGGCCUCAGGUCUGACUUCUAUUUAAGGAACAUUCUGGAGGGAAAUGACAAGGGGGAAAGGCUACCAAACUAAAGUUAAAGCCAGUGUGGUUUGAUUUCGAGAUGCAGAGAAUAUUCCAUUGUCCAUGCCACCUAUAAAUAUAUUUUUAUUCUCAACAGCUUCAAAGAAUCAUUACACCUUUUUUGGGUUAAUUAGUGACUGAUUCCUAAGUCUAGUUGUACCUCAAAAGGUUUUAGAACAGAAGCCAGAAUGUUGGGAAGUUUAUGAAAAUAUUGGUGAUAAGACUUGGAAAUUGGUAGUUUUUAAAAGCUUAUCUGAAACUAACACAAGAAGAACGAGGGCAAGCUGAGAUUUUCUACAACUGUAUCCUUGACCUGAUGCUGCUAUCCAGUACUGAAGGAAACCUACAUUGAAUGGCACUUUUUCAGCUUCCUUUUAUUUUUAGAAGGAUUCUAGUAUAUUUAAAUUAGCCUGGACAUCUCAGUUUUCAGCUUUAGCUCACUAAAGCCCAGUAUGGUGAAGGAAAAAUCACUG